GUCUUUAAAACAUCCCAGCUGCUUGACUUUUCCUGUUGCAGCUCCACCAUGAUGUCGCCGGUGGUCACGGGGAUUUUUGCACUAGCGCUCUUCGCGCCGGGGGAGGGCAUCAUCGGGGGCAGGGAGGCGGCAGCCCACUCUCGUCCCUACAUGGCGUCCAUUCAGGUGGCCGAGGGAGACGCCAUGAAGCACGAGUGCGGAGGCUUUGUUGUCGCCGACCGCUGGGUCAUGACGGCCGUGCACUGUAUGCCCACCGGGGCCAACGGCAGGAAGGUGGUUCUCGGCGUUCACUCUCUGAGUCAAGCCGAGGACACUAAGCAGACCUUUGACAUCCUGGAGCUCCACAAUCACCCUCACUUCAACGCCGACAACUACGACAACGACAUUGCUCUGAUUAAGCUGGACCGCCCGUUCAACGCCUCUGAGGCCGUCCAGGCAGCAGUUUUCCAGCGAGCUGGUGGCGCGAACCCUAGUGCGGAUGCGGAAGUGGAGACGGCUGGCUGGGGUUCCGUGGACAACCUGGGCUCCAGACCCGACGAGCUAAAGGAAGCGUUCAUUCGCGUGUUGAGCUCCGCCCGGUGCCGGCGAAGCGACUACUUUGGCAGGAAGUUCACCGACAACAUGAUCUGCGCUCACAAGCUGUGCCCUGACCCUUGCGACGGGCCGCACAAGAUAGAGGACUCCUGUGAUGGCGACUCUGGUGGUCCCCUACUCUACAACGGCGUGGUGGUUGGCAUCACAUCCAACGGCGGGAAAAAGUGCGGGCAGAUCAAGAAACCGGGAAUCUACACCGUCAUCUCGCAUUAUACCCAGUGGAUCGACGCCAUCAUGGGCCUUCAACCAGAAGCUUAAAGGAAUUGUAAUCGCUUUUAAUCAAACAGCAGGCAGAAUCUUGUUAAGAAUUUGAAAAACAUAAUUUCGCUUUUUUUUUUUUUUUGUGCUGUGUGAUAGUAGGAAAAAAUGUCAAUGAGGGCAGUAUUUGCAGAAAGUAGGGAAAACGGCUAUGAGCAGCCAUUUUGAAAUACCAGAAAUGUUUUAGCCAGUUAUACAUAUUAGAAAUGAAAUACACCAAACAUUUAUUGAACUUUAAGUAUACCCGUACACAAACAAGUAAAACUAAAUGCAUACGGUGUGUAAAGAACAGUAGAAAGCGACCUAAUACAAUAAAGUCAAAACAGUAACCUUAGUCACAAGUGCAAGUGCUGAAUUUAAACUAUUUCAAGCUUCAUUUUUAAGUUCAGAGAAUGACUCCACGGGUUUAAUGUUUUAAUUUUUUUUUUUAGACACUGCUCCCCAUACCGUACGGACAGUGUUGCAACAAAUAUUACACUUGGCUUUUCAUAGCAUUGGCUGGGUAGAACGCUCCCAUGCAGAUUGGUUUUUUUUUUGUGUGUGUGUAUCUAUUGCCUGUCAAAAAUAAAACAGUUCUUGAGAAACUGCAAGAUACAAAAAAAA